CUUUUUCUCAGCCACAUUGGUAUUUUAUGGAAGUCAAGACAGAGCCAGACCUGAGAGUAAAGUAAUUCAGAUGAUGACGGUGAUGCAAGGGAACAGAGUUGGAGGUGAGAAUGAAGAGGGCAUGAAGGAAGGAGACAGAGGAGAGCUUCUGAGCCCAGAAGGAAGAGCAGUGUCAGUGUAAAUUGGAGGUGAAUGAGGCAGAUAGAGAUUAUGGGCCGAAACAGUGUAGAGAUUGAGAUACAAGAGGUGAAAUGGGGGAUCAAGCUGGAUGUUUGUGUGUGUCUAGUGUGCGUGCGUGUGUGUGGAGGUUGUGGCGACUGUGAUAAAGAAAAAAAAAAAGGAAAAAAUGUAGCACGAAUGAGAUGCUGAGUGGCACAAACAAAGAGGGAGGGGGGUCUUCUGCACGGAGGCUCUGUGGGGAGAGGAGUACAGCUGCACGGAGAGAGACGGAGGGAACUGCAAAAACAGCCGGCAGUAGCCCACUCGCUGGGAGCAAAUAUUAUAAAGCAAGUGCGGUUUAUUGGUAGAUGGUGGAAGAAACUCUGGGAUAAAAUUGCAAAUAGGCGAGGGAGGUGAGAAAUCCCAGGUCGCCAGCAACACUCACGAGAGGGGAAGGCAGAAGAAGAGGAAACAAAGGAGAGAGCUGAGCCAGAGGAGGAGUGACCUGAGGUGGGGAAAGAAAAGCAGAAGAAAGGAAACGUGUGACAAAAUCGAGGCAGCGCUGCUGACCCCUGCCUGCUGAACCACAAUGUGUGCACAGCUGCAUGCGCUACUGGUCUUCUUCCUGGCCUUCGCACAGGGCCAUUGUAUGUUCCCCAGCAACCACUGGGGUGAAUGGAACGACUCUCAGCUUCUGCCGACAAUUCAGAAGCUCAUGAAAGGAUACAACCGCUAUCUCAGACCCAAUUUCAAUGAGGGUCCUGUGGAAAUUGGAAUGAGCCUUGAUAUCGCCAGCAUUGAUGCCAUCUCCGAAAUCAAUAUGGACUACACAGCGACCAUCUUCCUCCGCCAGCGCUGGCGUGACUCCCGGCUGGUGUUCCCAGGCAAUGAGAGCGUGAGCGUGGACGGUCGCCUGGUGUCACUGCUCUGGAUCCCUGACACCUUCAUCCCGGACUCCAAGCGCUCCUUCCUGCACGACGUCACCGUGGAAAACCGCCUCAUACGCAUCUUCAGCAAUGGAACUGUUCUCUACGCUCUUCGUAUCACGGCUACAAUCGCCUGCAACAUGGAUCUGACCAAGUACCCAAUGGACAAACAGGUGUGCACCCUGCAGCUGGAGAGCUGGGGCUACAACCUACAGGAUGUGGUGUUCUACUGGACCAGAGGGAACGAUUCAGUGAAGGGUUUGGACACUCUGCGACUGGCUCAGUACAGCGUGGAGAGCUACUAUACAUCGGUGUCUGAGGCUGUGUACGAAACAGGACAGUACCCCAAGCUGGUGCUGCAUUUUUCUCUUCGUAGGAACGUGUUGUUCUUCAUCUUGGAGACAUAUGUUCCAUCCGUUCUGCUAGUGGUGCUCUCCUGGGUCUCCUUCUGGAUCAGCCAGUCAUCUGUACCAGCCAGGACCUGCAUUGGAGUGACAACGGUCCUGACAAUGACCACUCUCAUGAUGGGUGCCCGCACUUCCCUGCCCAAUGCCAACUGCUUCAUAAAGGCCAUAGAUGUUUACCUGGGCAUCUGUUUCACCUUCAUCUUUGGUGCACUGUUGGAGUAUGCCUGUGCUCACUUUUACACCAUGCAGCACCAGACCAUAGAGGAUUUACACCGGGAACUUCUGAGGGAGCUGAACGAGUCUAAUGGAAACGGCUCGAUCCCCAUUGUCAGCUCCAGUCAACCAAACCAGUCAGUGGAUACUGGCUCGACUGCGGAGGAGCCCACAGAGCAGUCAAUGAACAGUGACGCCAAUAAACACUCUGGAUCGAAAGAGAAGAUGCAAAGCCAGGGCUGCGGUUUGACAUCAAUGAGGGAUGCAUCACGCAGAGCAGUGUCCAUAUUUGUCGUGGAAAACCCACACAACAUUGAUCGUCAUGCUCGCACCGCAUUCCCCACGGCAUUCCUCUUUGUCAAUAUCCUAUACUGGCUUUAUUAUCUCUUUCUCUGAGUGCAAGCGGCAGACAAGAUCCUGUCACUAUCCUGAAGCUGCUCUACCUCCUCAUUUGAGACCCAAUACCAGUCGUCACUGCCUGGAUCUGAAACAACCUUUUUGUACCUUUUUAGGAUAUCAAAUUGGUGAAAAGCUGUUGGUCAGGACUACAAACCGUAAAUUAUUUCUAUUGAUCAUAUAUGAGUGGAUGGCUUCCAACAUAUAAGCAUGUAAGAGUGUUGACAUGAAGCUUCUUUUAUCUGUAGAUCAAAUGAGGAUGAGUUAGCUGCUAGAACUGCACCAAUAUUCUUUUCUGCAUUAAGUUAAGACUUUAUUAAGCAUUGACUGUACAUAUGGAUGGCGAAAAUGCUCUUCCAAUGUGAAGCCAAAGCAAGUAUAGCUCCCCCUGGUGACUGGCUGCAGUAUAGGUCACAAGCACCACCUCCUCUGUGUUAGUGAAUGGGACUUUAGGUAGUUAAUAUAAUGUUGUUGCAUGUUUUAGUGUCAUUUUUUUUUAACAAGUUUUGUUUUCGUUAGUUAUUUGAUUCUAUAGAAACAGCAGGAUGUGACAUAAUGGCGACUACCAGUUGCCAUGCCAACCGCUCCCUAAUGCUGUUUGAGUUAUAAGAUUUAAAACAAACAAACAAAGAACAACUACAGUGUAUAAUCCAACAUUUCUGUGCAACUGGUGGAGGUAGAGCAGAGGAUAGUGUUAAUUAAACACAAACGCAAAUAUUUCCAGGUGUGGCCAUGUCAUCGGUAUAUCCGCGUGGCUCCACUUUCGGACCGUACUGCGCAGACUCUGGCUCCAAACUUGCAAAAUGGUGCCGCCCGUAUCCCCGGGUAAAUAUACCGUCAGAUUGCGGUGACUUGCCAUCCAUAUUUGUACAGUCUGUUAUUAAGAGUCAAAUGUAGACUAAAAAUGUAGUUUUUCGUGUUUUGUCUGAAUCACAUCGUUUGUAUGAGACCAUAUAUUUAAUGCGUUGUAUAUUAUAUCAAAAUAAAAGGAUAUAUAAAUGA